GGAUCCGAUGUUCAGUGUGCCUCCGCGGCCACCGUAGUUGCCGACUGCAGUCAGAAAACACUAUCCAGUAGCCGUGCUAACUACUGGGUGAAGCGAUGGCUGAAUAUUCUCGCGUAAAAUCAACCAAACUGGUUUUAAAAGGUCUUAACAAAGGGAAAAAGAAGAAGCAUAAGGACAGGAAGAGAAAAGCUGAAGAUGAAGAACAAAAACCUGAUGUUGUUGGUGGUUGGUGGGCUGUCAGCAGCUUUGGGGAAAUCACUGGAAUGAUUGCCAUAGAGAUGCAGAACAACUCAUACAUCCACGCUCUGGACAGCGGGCUCUUCACAGUCGGUGCGCCACACAAUGAGGAUGAAGGACCCGACCCUCCAGAACAGUUUACUGCUAUCAAGGUGUCAGACUCAAGGAUAGCCUUGAAGUCUGGAUAUGGCAAGUACAUUGGUAUCAACUCUGAGGGUUUGGUGGUGGGGCGCUCUGAUGCCAUCGGCUCCAGGGAACAAUGGGAACCAGUCUUUCAGGAAGGCAAAAUGGCUCUCCUGGCAGCAAAUAGCUGUUUCAUCUCCUACAGUGACAGUGGGGACAUCGUGGCUAAGAGCAAGACAGCAGGGGAUGACGAGAUGCUGAAGAUCAGAUCGACUGCAGAGCGAGAGCCCAAGCGUAAAGAUGACAUUGCAGAAGAGGACAGGGGCAAUGUGAAGUCGUGUGAGGUCAACUAUGUGAAGAAGUUUCAGAGUUUUCAAGAUCGGCGGCUCAGGGUUAAUGAGGGCGACGCCUCUGCACUGAAGAAAGCCAGAACAGAUGGGAAGUUCCACGAAGAAUUGCUUGACAGGAGAAGCAAAAUGAAAGCAGACAGGUACUGCAAGUGAAGACUCAACUUUAUAGAUCACUGCCAUCAUGUCUAUGUAAAUGUCUUGAUUUUAUAGAUUUGGCCGUUUGUGCUUACAUUUAUGUACUUUUUUUUUUUAAAGUAUUUUUAAUAAAAUAACAUGGUCAAAUCAG